GAGAGAGAGAGAGAGAGAGAGAGUCGCCAUGUUUCUCCUCAUCAUUCCUGACACACACCACACAGUCAGUAACGGCGGGCACCUUCAUCAUCCUCCUCCUCGUCAUCUUCACCCCAUCAUCAUCAUCAUCAUCUGACGGACUUCAUCCCGCGGGCAGGACUUACUUUUCGAGGAAAUAUUGAUGGGAAUAAGACUAUGGAAAACUAAUCAGUGCCAUUGUAGAACUUCGCUAAACUCACUUUUUGCGGACGUAAACAUAUUUUAUUAAUAUUUUCCACGCACGUAAUGCCUAAAUAUCACAUUUGGGGGCGUGUCAUGUUAUUCCUGUUUGUUUUGAGGAAAAUUCUCUUGGAGGACGAGCUAAAAUCUGUUAGCUUGCUAGCCAAACGUCUUUAUUAGCCGGAUCAUUAGCAUCAGUUAUUUUAACCCGUUAAAGUUGAACAAACUGGAGAUGUUUUACAGUCUCAUCUCAUGGUUUGACACUAAUACUUGUUGAUAUUACUACACGAUUCUUUGUGUUUAUGUGAGAGAAAACCAGUUAAGAUGCAUUGUGUCGCGGGAAUGUUGUUAGCUCGUUAGCUUGAGUAAAGUUAGCUACAGGAAAGGCACUUAAAUAUAUGUAAUUAAUAUUUAUAAAACGCAAGAGACAAAUUGCAGUUUUACAUAAACGUGGAUAGUCUUUUUGGAUAAAUGUCUUGAAUAGUUAUUUUUUUCUCUCUUAUUUGGAGGUUUGUUGAUCUUCAACUGAGUGCGUUAAAAGAUGUAGAGGAAAGUUUUAUUUGGUAUGAAAUUAAAAUUAUUUUUGAGUUUACUGCAGUUUUGUGACUGCAUUUUACUGUGAUGAUGGGUGGAUUAUAUUUAUAGCCAUUUACAGAUCCCCUCCAAAGAGUGUUCGUGUAUUUGCAUUGAUUUUAAUAACAUUACACUACGUUUUUUUGGACUGACAUUCGUUUUGCACCAUGUCUGGAGAAGUGCGUUUGAAAAAGCUGGAAAAACUGAUUCUGGAUGGUCCUGUCCAGUCCAAUGGACAGUGUUUUAGUGUGGAAACUCUCCUGGAUGUUCUCAUCAGCCUUUAUGAUGAGUGCAUCAACUCCCCACUCAGAAGAGAGAAGAACAUUGCUGAGUUUUUGGAAUGGGCCAAACCAUUCACCUCUAAAGUGAAACAGAUGCGAUUGCACAAAGAGGACUUUGAGAUCCUGAAGGUCAUUGGUCGAGGAGCUUUUGGCGAGGUAGCAGUUGUAAAGGUGAAAAGUUCAGACAAGGUGUUUGCCAUGAAGAUCCUCAACAAGUGGGAGAUGCUGAAAAGAGCAGAGACAGCUUGUUUCCGGGAGGAGCGGGAUGUGCUGGUGAACGGGGACUGUCAGUGGAUCACCAGACUGCACUAUGCCUUUCAGGAUGACAACUUCCUGUACCUGGUGAUGGACUACUACGUGGGUGGUGACCUCUUGACUCUUCUCAGCAAGUUUGAGGACCGUUUGCCAGAGGACAUGGCCAGAUUCUACCUGGCUGAGAUGGUUCUGGCGAUAGAUUCUGUGCAUCAGCUCCACUAUGUCCACAGAGACAUCAAGCCAGAUAACAUUCUGCUGGAUGUGAAUGGACACAUUCGGCUCGCAGAUUUUGGCUCCUGUCUUAAACUCACGGAGGAUGGAACGAUAGCUCGGCAGGAUAUCCCCCCGACUUCUGACAAGAGCAGCGUGCAGUCAUCCGUCGCUGUGGGCACUCCAGACUACAUCUCUCCUGAGAUCCUGCAGGCCAUGGAGGACGGGAAAGGGAAAUAUGGGCCGGAAUGUGACUGGUGGUCACUGGGCGUCUGCAUGUAUGAGAUGCUGUACGGAGAAACUCCUUUCUAUGCAGAAUCCCUGGUGGAAACGUAUGGCAAGAUUAUGAACCACAAGGAACGUUUCCAGUUCCCUGCUCAUGUGACGGACGUCUCUGAAAAUGCCAAAGACCUGAUCCGCAGACUCAUCUGCUGCAGAGAGCACAGGCUGGGACAGAACGGCAUUGAGGACUUCAAGCACCACCCCUUCUUUUCCGGCAUCGACUGGCAAAACAUCCGCAACUGUGACGCCCCAUACAUCCCUGAAGUCAGCAGCCCAUCUGACACCUCAAACUUUGACGUGGAUGACGACUGCCUCAAGAACACGGAGACAAUGCCGCCUCCUUCCCACACUGCCUUCUCAGGACACCAUCUCCCAUUUGUAGGAUUUACUUACACCAGCAGCUGUACUCUGUCAGACCGCGGUUGCCUGCGGGAGUCUGCGGCACCUGCACAAAUGGAUGUGUCCGUGCAGCGCGGUCUGGAGGACAGUCUGGCUACUGAGGCCUACGAACGGAGGAUCCGCCGUCUGGAGCAGGAGAAGCUCGAGCUCAGUCGCAAACUACAAGAGUCUACAAAAACGGUUCAGGCUCUGCAAUACUCCAGCGGGGACGGACCUGCUUCCUCCAACAGAGAAGUUGAGAUCCGUGGACUAAAGGAGGAGUUAGAAAUGCUACGGAAACAGAUCGCAGAUACAGGACAGGUGGAGCAGCGGUUAGAACAGGCCAGUUCUGCCCGCAGAGAUCUGGAGGACUCCUCCAAACAGAUCCGAUCUCUGGAGAAACAGCUCAAGAGCAUGAAGCAGGAAAGAGAUGACCUGCAGAAGGGUCUGCAGGAGUCCUCAGAGAAGAUGAAGACUCAAGGGAAGGAGCUGAAGGAGGCGGACAGCCAGAGGAAAAUGGCCAUGCAGAAGUUUGCAGAGGUGAGUGAGAAGGUGACAGAGCUGCGGUCACACAAGCAACGGCUCUCCCGACAGCUCCGGGACAAAGAGGAGGAGAUGGAUUCCCUCAAUCAGAAGGUGGAGGCGCUGCGGCUAGAAGUGCGCAAAGCUGAGCGGGCCAAGAAAGAGAUGGAGGCCCAGGCUGAAGAGUUUUCUGCUGAGACUCAGAAAGAGAAGAAGCUGAGGGAACGCAGUGAGCAGUACAGCAGACAGCUGGAAGAGGAGCUGGAGGGAAUGAAGCAGAAGCAGGUGGGCCGUCCUCCAAGCGUUGGGUCAUCUGAGCAGCACCAGGAGCUCAGUAAAUUACGAGCAGACCUGGAGAACAAGACCACGUUCUAUGAGGAAGAGCUGUCUCGCAGAGAACAACAACAUACCAGCGAACUGAAGAACCUGAAGAAGGAGCUGCGGGAAUCAGAGGGACAGCAGCUCACCUUAAAGAAAGAAAUCAUGAUGCUCAAAGACAAGCUGGAGAAGACCCGUCGAGAGAGUCAGAUCGAUCGAGAGGAGCUUGAGAGCGAUUACAAACAGCAGUACGAGAGAGAGCGAGUGCUUCUGUCGGAGGAGAACAAGAAACUUUCCAGCGAACUUGACAAGAUGAUGUCGUCGUUUGAGAAGCUGAGCUGCAGUCACAAACAGCUGGAGGAGGAGAUGAGAGAACUGACUGAUAAGAAAGAGAGUGUGGCUCACUGGGAGGCCCAGAUCACAGAAAUCAUUCAAUGGGUGAGUGAUGAGAAAGAUGCUCGAGGUUAUCUGCAGGCUUUGGCCUCUAAGAUGACGGAAGAACUGGAAGGCCUGAGGAACGCCAGUCUGGGUGCACGUGCUACUGAUAUGCCAUGGAAGGUGAGACGUUUGGCUAAGCUGGACAUGUCUGCGCGUCUGGAGCUGCAGUCUGCACUGGAUGCCGAGAUUAGAGCCAAACAAACCAUCCAGGAUGAGCUCAACAAAGUCAAGGCAUCGUAUAUGGCCACAGACUGCAAGCUGGAGGAGUUGGAGAAGAAGAACCAGGAUCUACAGGCAGAGAUCCAGAAGCUGAAACAGGAAACUGAGAAUCUGCGCACGUCUAAGGGGGUCAAGCACCAAGACUCCCAGAAUUCCUUCCUGGCAUUCCUCAAUGCUCCGACCUCGGCCCUGGAUCAGUUUGAUCGCUCCACUGCCUGUGGGCCGGCCGGCAAAGGCAGACGUAUCGACUCCAUCGAUAACUUCAGCCUGUCCAACACACCUUCCCGGGAAGAAGAUGGACGGUCCCAGGUCACGUCCCACUCUCGCUCACCAUCAUCCACCAGCGAUAUGGAGUCUCAAGAGCAGGUAGAUCUGCCACAAGGGGUUGCACAAACUCCCACGCGGUCAGGAUACAGUAGCUCUAGUCACAGCACACCUAAACCUAAAGCCCAUCAGUUUGUGGUGAAGACCUUCAGUUCGCCCACUAAAUGUAACCAGUGUACGUCUCUGAUGGUGGGACUUAUCCGACAGGGCUGUACGUGUGAAGUCUGUAACUUCUCCUGUCAUGUGACGUGUGCGGACAAAGCUCCCGCCGUGUGUCCGAUUCCUCCGGAUCAAACCAAAGGACCGCUGGGUAUCGACCCCCAGAAGGGCAUCGGCACAGCUUAUGAGGGCCAUGUCAGGGUGCCCAAACCAUUAGGUGUGAAGAAGGGAUGGCAGAGGGCCAUCGCUGUGGUCUGUGACUUCAAACUCUUCUUAUACGAUCUCCCAGAGGGCAAAGCUGCUCAGCCUGGUGUCAUGGUGAACCAGGUCAUUGAUAUGAGGGAUGAGGAGUUUUCUGUUAGCUCAGUUUUGGCAUCAGAUGUCAUUCAUGCGAACAGGAAAGACAUUCCCUGUAUUUUUAGGGUGACUGCAUCACAACUCUCCUCAUCCAGCAAUAAGAAAUGCUCCUUCUUGAUCCUGGCUGACAGCGAUCAGGAAAGAACCAAGUGGGUCGGCCUCCUGAACGAGCUGCACCGUCUCUUGAAGAAGAGCAAACUGAAAGAACGCUUUGUUUACGCCCCUAAAGAAGCGUAUGACAGUACCUUGCCUCUCAUUAAAACCACACAGUCUGCUGCUAUUAUAGAUCAUGAGAGGAUAGCCCUGGGCAAUGAAGAAGGAUUGUACGUUAUUCACGUUACCAAAGAUGAUAUUAUCAAGGUAGGAGACAAUAAAAAGGUCCGUCAGAUUGAGCUGAUCCCAUCAGAACAGUUGAUCGCUGUGAUAUCGGGCCGAAAUGGCCAUGUGCGGCUCUACCCAAUGGCAGCCCUGGAUGACCGUGAGGCCGAUUUUCACAAGAUAGCAGAGACCAAAGGCUGCCAAACUCUGGUUUCUGGCACGAUCAGACAAGGAUCUCUCACAUACCUCUUUGUGUAUAUGAAAAAACCUGACAAGGUGAUGAUCUACGAGCUCAACAAGAGCAAAACACGUCAUCGGAAGCUGUGGGAUAUCCUCGUCCCGGGAUCCGUGCAGUGGAUGGGGCUCCAGGGCGACAAGCUCUGCGUGGGCUUCCAGUCCGGGUUCCUGCGCUAUAAUCUUCAAGGGGAUGGAUCUCCUACUAGCCUCCUCCACCCUGAUGAUCACACCCUGGCCUUCAUCCAGCAGCUGAGACUGGACGCUCUCUGCGCUGUGGAGAUCUCCAGUAAAGAGCUGCUCUUGUGCUUCAGCAGUAUCGGCGUGUACGUGGACUGUCAGGGCAGACGGUCACGACAACAGGAACUGAUGUGGACGGCUGCGCCCACCGCAUGUCGUUAUAAUGCACCUUAUCUGUCAGUGUAUAGUGAGAAUGCAGUGGAUGUAUUCGACGUCAACACUAUGGAGUGGAUUCAGACCAUGCCUUUGAAAAAGGUUCAUCCUCUGAACGCUGAUGGCUCUCUAAACCUGCUGGGGCUGGAGACCGUACGGCUCAUCUACUUCAAAAACAAGACAGCAGAGGGAGACGAGCUGGUGGUGCCAGAGACAUCUGAUAACAGCCGCAAACAGAUGGUGCGCAGUACGACGAGCAAACGCCGCUUUUCGUUCCGCGUGCCGGAGGAGGAGAGAGUUCUGCAGAGGAGGGAGAUGCUGAGAGACCCAGAAAUGAGGAAUAAGUUGAUUUCAAACCCAACGAACUUCAACCAUGUGGUUCAUAUGGGCCCGGGAGACGGGAUCCAGAUCCUGAAAGAUCUGCCAAUGCCUGGUUCUCCUCUCCCCUCUCCUCGUCUGCGCCUCAUCUCCACCCCUACAAGCUUUGAGCAUGUCUAUCACAUGACUGUCACCUCUGCUGACAACUUCCUGUCCCAGGACUCCUCCCCUCUGUCCUCACACUCCCUGUCCCUCAGCUCCGCCCCUGGGACCCCUGCUUCCAUCUGCUCUCUGAAUAUGCGCCCUCAGGAGAGCCGUGGUGUCCUGGGAGCAUCCGUCAGUAUCCCCUCCAUCAGCAAGGCCAGGCCUGAACCGGGACGAUCUAUGAGUGCCAGCAGCGGCCUGGGCACACGCUCCUCCACUCAAAAUGGCAAUGCACUGAGACGGGACCUUUCUGUUGGCAGCUACAGUUCCACCAAACGACAGAUGACGUCUGAUGGCUCACUCUCAUCCGGAGGGGGCAUCGACGCCCCCUUAUCCCAGUUAGACAGAGAGGAUUCAGAUUCACCACGUCACUCCACGGCCUCCAACAGCUCCAAUCUGAGCAGCCCACCGAGCCCUUCAUCCUCACACAAGAGCAAGACUCGGUCUCUGGAGCGCAGCGAGCACCAGGGCUGGGAGACAUGAGCUCGGCCCCUAUCCCACAUCCUUCUGACGUCCUGUGUGGCCCCCUAGAGAGACCGAGAGCUGACUCCUUAUACGUCAUAUUCCUAAACACGCUGCUGGGCCCAGGUGUGUGUGUGUUUGCGUGUAUUAGUGUGCAUAUGCAUUACACGUGUGAUUGUUGUACACACACACAUUACCGUGCACCUUACAUCCCCUUUGAGUGGACCCACUACAACUGUUCCUGUAAUAGAUGGGGGAACAGACCACUGAGUGUAGCUCAUCACCUAUUGCUACUGGUGUGGACGCGGUCGAAAACGAAAAACACAGAGCUUUAACGUGAAUUUAUCAGUGUUUGUUGACAAGUGUGCCUCAUCUAACACAAGAAAAAUAUCCAUUCAAAAGUCUUAAUGGACCGGGGGAAUGUAACUUUAAACGCAUAACACUAAAGAUCAUGAAAACAUUCAUUAAGGAUCAUGAAAAACUGUUCUCGGCAUUCCGUUCCAUGUGAUAAAACAUGAAGACUUCAAUUAGCCCCAAUCGAUAGAGCGGCACUACUGUAUGACUCCGCCUCUACCCUCCAGUGCCAUGCCGACCUUCACAGUCAGAGGUCAGAGUUCAAGAAUAGAUUCUGAGUUCAGUAAUGUAAAUAGUUUAAGUAGAGUAUAAUAUAUAAUGAAAUCAUAACACUAUUCUGUUGUUAAAUAAGUGUGACUUGGCUUUGAGAGAGUCUCCUUUCCAUUUUAUUUUCCGGGUCAAGGCUCUAGUGUAUUAUUAAGUCAUUUUAUGUAAAUGUAAGCAUUAUUUUGUCAAGAUAUGCUAGUUUUUCGUAAUUUUGAAAUUUUCAAGAUUUGCGAGGGAACACACACACACAAAAAAAAGAGAGUUAUUGGGCCUCAUUCAUGAAACACAAGGAGAGCCAUUUUUAUGUGCAAUUUUCCAUUGAAUAUGACGUUUACAAGCUUGCAAUGAAAUCAUUCAUAAAAACAUUCAUGCGUAAAUUGUUGCAUCAAACAUUCACAUUCAUAAAAUCUGUAUAUAUUCUUGAACUGUAAGCAAGAAUAAUUGUUGAUUUGUUACAUUUUGUAAAAAAAAUUCUUGCAUAAAUUUUCGCAUUAAAUGCAAGAUUUACAUGGUAGCCAUUAAAUUUCGCCAAAAGGUUUCCACAGUGAAUGUUUUCAUAAAUCAUUUAUAUGUAAAUUAUCGUUUGAAUGCAGUAUAUACAAGAUAAAAUAGUUUGAACUAAUUAUUGUGUGAAAUUGUUGCUCUGAAUGUGAGAGACAGAAGGCAAAAGUGAAGUUUUUUGUAAAAAAAAUAAUAAAAAACAUUCUUGUGUAAACUAGCAUUGAAUAUUACAUUCACGAGGGGAAGCAGUGAAAUUGUUUGUGAAUUUAGUGCAUCACUUUAUGGAAUUUUUAAUCAUGAAACAAUAUUUAACAUUUAACGAACAAUUGUUAUAAGAAUGUUUUCUAAGAAUAAAUGCAAUCUCCUUGUGUUUCGUGAAUGUUGGUGCAUUGUGUACAAGAUCUAGCGUUUAGAGAAUUACUAGUGUAUAUAUUAAACUCACACUCCAAACACGUGGUCACGUGAUCAUAAAUAAGCUGUUGUGCUGAAUGUAACAGAGAUUCAUGUUACUCUUGUCUGCAUCUGUGCUUCAUGGUUCCGUUACCGAAGCAAUAAUGCUGUUUCCAAAGAGGUUUUUUCUUUAAUUAUUAUUGUAAAUUAUUAUUCUUUUAGUAUUUUGCUUUUAUUUUCAGUGAUUUAAAGUUUUGUUUUGUUUUUCAACUCAAAAGAACCAAACUUUGCCUAAAGUGUACAUGCGAGAAACACUAAACUCAUCAGCUGAAGCAUUCAAAGGGCUUCAACACUUCAAACUCACUAGUGCAUAUAGCUGUUGCCUCUUCUUCUAACACUUCCUGCAGACCAGCUGGAGAUUGGGUCAAUUGAUAUUAAUACAGAUUCAUCAAGGGCAUACAGUAAAGCUGCUGUAGUGAUGUUUUAAACGUGCAAGGUCAGACUAUCAAACAUCCCUGACCCUUAAAAUACCUCGAAUUAGAAAGCCAAGCCAUUACGACUCCAACAAAACCUCACCAGUGCACAUAUUUCAGCUGUCCCUCUGUCCAAUUUCAUACACUAAUGGGCGUUUGUGAAUUAUUCACAUGCACUACUGCUCGCUUUUGCAAAGCAUAUGUCAGAUUUGGUAAACUGAGAAAUGGAUUUCUCAUUUGUUUAAAACUUUAAGACGCUGUUCACAAUUCCCAAAUAUUCCAGGUUGUUUUUAGGAAUAGCUCACUCAAAAAUCUAAACGUACAUCAUUUGCUUUCCUUUUGUUGUUGAAAACCUUUAUGGUUUACUUUGUCUUGUAUAGUUAGGCUCAAAGAAAUCUAAAAAUUGUCUGAUUAUAUUAUCUAAAAUGUGUAAUGUAUUGGAUUACAUUACUGACUACUAUUUUUGUCAUGCAAUUUGUAUAUAUACAUGUGUUUAUAUAUAUAUAAGCACACACAAGUAAAUAUUAUGUGAAAUUAAAAUUGCUGAAAUUAACAAGAUUGUUACUCAAUAUAAUUAUAAAAAAAUAUUUUAAAAAGAAGAGUAAAUGGGUUUAGAAUGAUGGAAGAAGUUUUUUAUUUUUGAGUGAAGUAUUCUUUUAAAGUAUGAUGAAAAAAUGACCUUUCAGUGUUGAAGAACACCCAAGGACAGACUUAAUGAAAGUUUGUGCAUAUGUACCUGUGGUUUUAUUCAUUCUAGUGUUUCCAGCAUUCAGUAUGUUCCAUUAUAUGCAAGCACUAUUGAAACCUUCACUGUGGAGCGAACUCGGCUCAUUGUUUUCAAAUCAAGAGCUCAGUUUUCACCUGGGACCUUAGUUAUGCCUUCGCUCUAUUAUAGGAUCAUGGUUAUUUCCAAACAGAAAUUAAUACAGUUUUUCUUUCUCCUAAUAAGGCUGUAACGGGUUAGAAUCAAUUUGCCAGGGUUAUGGUAUUAAAAUGAAAUGUUCUCAGGUAUGUCAGAACCAAUGAUGAUAUGUUUGCAUGGAGGAAUGGAGAUUGUAGAAAUGACAGACGUCCAGAUCUUUCGGUCGUUUGAUCUUUAGAACUGUUACUUGGUAAUGAAUAGAUCAAUAUUAGAGCGGGAGGUGCCUUAGUUUUCUUAGAUCAGUGUAAACUGCUCAGUGUAGGUAGAAUGAGAGAUGAUGACUGGAGAUUGUUGUAAAGACACAUUUCACACUUGCAUUUCACAUGUGGAUUUUGUUUGCCUUGGUGAAUUGCUACUUCUUAUCAUAUAUCUUCUUGGUUUGAAUUUUUGUAAGACUGUGUACAGAUUUGCAUGUCAUAGGUGUAAUCACUUGUUUUAAGGACUGUGUGUGCCGCUGGAUUGUUCGGUUUUAUUUUUAUUGUAUUUUAUUGACCUGUGUGGCGUGAAAGGUUGGGACGUGAACAUUAAUUACCCCCAUACUACAUUGGAGACCUUUUCUUCUUUUUUUUUCUUUUUUUUGCACAAGUGUGUUUAAGGUGGAAUACUGUUAUUUGUAUUGGUUUGAACACCACUUUUCACAUGGAAAGGACUAUUUCAAUAAAAUUGGGAACUAUAAAACA